AUACGAAAUUGGUUACGUAGAAGGAAUGUAAGGUAAACAGCAAGAAUGCCCUCGCUCCCUUCAUCCACUUGUUGUGCUCUGCAAAAUUUACAUAACCAUUUGCAAAAAGCGCAUCUCGAUCGCAUGUAGCUGCCCUUCUCCAUUCACUACUUCAAAGGGCAAUAUGUUUAGCCUUCUUCCGCGGAGACGUUCUGCUAGGAUUUUCUCUUUGCUAUCUAUGUACAACGCCUACACCUACUACCUUGCGCUGGUAAUAUUUUUGCUGGCAGCCCCGGAGAGUCUUUGUCUGACGCCUAUCUUGCAGCGACGCAAAAAGGAUGACGCCGUUCAGCCGAGAGAUAAAGUUUCUCGUCUUGCGGCAGAGCGAGAGCAAAUGAGCCCCGCAGCAAUUUCCUUCCUGCAAAAGAAAAAAACCGUCACGGAAAUCAAAGGCUCAGUAGGAAGUGCGGAGCCCGCUGCUAUUCUCGACCGCGAGGCGGAACCUGGGAGUCGUUCUGAAAGAGAAAAUGCCGGCGCUUUUGAUCGUGAACAGCCACUUGGAACAGAUGUGCCAGAUGCAGCAGCUGCAGAGAAAAGCUCGCGCGUUUUCACCGACGAGGAUACUAAGUACAGGUGCGACGACGAGUAGUGCAACUCCAACUGCAAGAAAAGAGCGUCAGGAGCUCCAGAGAUCUCUUGACCUGUCGCGGAAUAGGCUGACUUCGUUGCGAAGUAAAAACAGUAAGCGGAGUACCAGUUUCCUCCGCAGAAGGGACGCAGGAACAUCAAAGACUCUCGCGAAUGACGAUCAGAGCCAAGCAGCGAACGAAAAUUUAUCUUUCGCUGCAGAGGACGCUGAUAUGCACCUCGACUGGGUGGAGACCUACUUGCAGGACGUACGCAAGUUUUCGCAGCACCUGUGUGAUUGGUACCCCCAGCUGGAGCAAGACUUUGCCAAGGGACUGAACACGAUGCAGCACCGCGGCAUCACCAAACUGGCGCCGAAGGACGCAAGCGGCGGCAAGGAGCGGACGGUUGCGUUCAAAACUCAUUUGGUGUUGGCCAAUCCGUACUUGGAUCGACCAGGAGAAGACGUUGAUCCUUGGGACCUGCUUGUUGCUGAGGACGCCGUCGGUGCGACGGUGGAAGAUAGGCUGAACAGGGUGCUUUUCGAGUGGUACGGAAGCGACGCAAAGGAGAAGCGACGAAAGGCGGCAGAAGCAGAAGCGACAACGGAUUACAAAGCCUGGCAGGAAUGGAAGGUUACUUCAACGCCAUCACCUUCAAAGGGGAGUCCUGCUAGUGGUACAUCGACUGCAACAAGCAGCUUCACGCAAAGGAGAACAGAACAGGCAGAACCCGCACGAGAGGCCGAAGAGCACGCGGCUGCAGCUUCAGCGUCCAAGGACAACAGAUGGGUAGAGGUGAAGAAGGUUUUACUCUCCCCACCGGGGUCGUCGUCCGCAACAACGACCUUCACGAAAGACAAAGAGAAGCAACGCUGUUUGCUGCAAAUGGCCAGGUUUUUGCGGCGCGAGGGGCAAAACUUUGUUUACGUUGUCGAAGAUGAGGAGGGUCGUCGUACAGGUGCAUCGUUGUUAAGCACGGACGAAAAUAAUGAUAAGACCCCGGACGUUGACCAUCAGGCCGCGGCGAGAAACUACACUUUCCAUGGUCUUCUGGCUGCAAACUCUGGCGGGCGAGGGCAUUCUGUGAGCCACACGCAGGACAGCAAGUGGGCGCCCACACCCUACGGUCGGGAGUCGAUCCUCAGUGCCAACAAGAAUUCCGAGGGCGCUGCCGGGCUGGGUUUCUACACGGACGCGCUAACCCGGGACCACUCCUUGACACAACUGAAUUGGCCGCUGUGGUCGAAUGUAGGACAUCACAAGCCACUUGUUCCCACGCCCGCAAAACCUCCCAGCAAAACCUCUUUUCUAACGCUAGCGCACCAGCAGGAGCAGGACUACCAGCAAGACCGUUCUGCGAACAAUGUAGGAGAAACAAGCGAGGCGGAUGAAUUAGAGGGAUUUGUGAAAGCGCGCACGAAUUACGCCAACUUCAUCCACUCAACAGACGGAGAGAACGUCGACUUGGACCGGCGGGAGAACGCGAUGGCGAAGUAUAACCACCCGGGUUGGUUCCUGGGCGGGAUGACCUCCCCGAAGCGCAAAAACAUCGUGAUCGUCCUGGACCGCUCGAAGAGCAUGCGGCAGUUCGACGCCUGGGCGCAGGCGUGUCUGGCCGCGACGGGGCUGCUCGAGGCGUUGCAGCCCACGGACCGGUUCGCGGUCGUGGCCUACACGGACUCGCUGCAACUCAGCAGCUUCGAGCUCCUCCCCGCCACCGCGGCGAACGUCUUGCACGCCCGCCUGUGGCUGCGGCAUCUGGGCACCCCCAUGGGCGGCACGGACCUGUUCUACGUGCUGGCCCCGGCCAUGGCCCUCGCCUUCUUCGGCGUGCUGCCGGAGCCGUGGCGCCACGUGUUCGACCAGAUCGCGGACCUGGAGGUGGCCGGCGGCUUCCCCGGCACCGCGUUUAAGAAGCCGCCGGCGCCGCUCGCGGGAGACUGCCUGCAAGCCGCGGACUUUUGCGAAUCCACCGUAGUGCUACUGACCGACGCGCCCCCGCUGCGGUACAUGCGCAGUCGGCUGUGGACAACCAAGAGCGCGGAGAUUCGGAAGCGGCCUGGGAUGGUGCAGGAGAACAUGGCCGAGAAGCUGGCCCUGUUAGAGAAGUGGUUCCCGCCCGAGCUCGACGUUUUGAAGCUGUUCGUGUUUGUGCUCCGGCCGUUAGCAGGAACGAGCAGUUCAUCUUCCGGCAGUAUUAGUCCUCAUGCAAGUGGCGCAAGCACCGCGAUCGCAUCUUCAGCCGGGCAGGAGGACUACACACCGCGCAAGACCAGUGCCAGUCGAGCAGAGUUGGCCAAAGCCGUGGAAGAAGUGCGUGCGUACGACGAGACCCUGGCGAAACGGUGGAACGGGAAGGCCUAUUUCGUGCGAACUAGUGCACUGGAAGAGACCGGGUGGACGUUCACGCGCUUCUUCAUAGACGUCCUGGGCGGCAAGCGAGGGGCUCUCGAUGAGGACGGUGAGAACUACACUGAAUCUGCCCCCUCGUCCGUGUACUGGUCUUCGCCCGAGAUCCCGGACCCGAAGAUCGCGAAAAGAAGCAGUAAUAACAGGGGUCUCACCGGCCCGCUGGCGUGCAUCCAAGUGGACCUGGCGGGCGAGCACUCCGGAAACCUCGUUGACAUGAAGGAGGCUGCAGUGGACGCGCAGCGGCGCACUAGUAGCGCUACAACUACUUCUGCAUCUACGUCGAGUGCCGCCCCCGACCUGUCCCAGUAUCAGCUCGGCGUAGGCCCGGCCCGCGGGUUGUUUUGCGCGAACCUCGCCUUCGUGCUCGGCUAUCCCUCCUGGACGCACAUGAAGUGCAGCUUCGUGGACGCGACCACGGGCCGGUCGCUCUACGAAGACGCAGUGGCGCGCAAAAUCCAGAAUCGCACAGCAACGGCCUCGGAAAGCGACAGAUGCACGGCGGAGGCAGCGGAGGCAAGGUGUAAAAGCAGCAGAACCGACUUUAAACACGAGUGGGCCGCGGGUGCGGGGGAGGCGUACUACCCGGCAGUCGAUCCGUACCCUUUGCUCGACACAAGUAUCGAUCCGAUGGCAUACGGCCCUGCGUUGGGUCGGAUUCCGCCGGGUUUGCCGUUUAUCCCGCCCGCAAUCAGAAAACAGAUGAAAAGGAAUGAAACUAGAAGCGAAGAAGAGGGAGUUCAUCUGGAAGAAAUGCUGCAAGAGGCCGACGAACUGCUUCCGGGGUGCCUCAAGUUUGACGAGGCCGAGAGGGCGGUCGCGCAACAAGUAUUCGCGACAAGUGCUGGUAGCGCGAAAAACCUGGAGGACGACAGCACGGAGCUGAGUGCCCCUGGAGGAAGAGGCGGCGGAAAAGGGAAACUUUCAAGAUUGGGACAGCACAUCCUGGACGAGAAUCGUGAGGCGGAGAGGGAGCAGAAACAGCUGCAGCUGCUGUCUUCCAGUUACCUUUUGCUGUUGAUUACCGUGUGUAUCGUUGUUCUCGUCCUGGUAGGGGUCCUGGUCGCGUGCUUCUGCUGUCAACAGGCGGAGGAUCGUCGCGCCGUGCUGCCGGCUGGAGCGCGACGGCCGAAAGUGGUUGUCAUCGUAAAGUCCCCGGUUCUCAUCGCGGGGGACAAAGCCAUGCCGGCAGGCAGGACUGCAGCACGAGCCUCGGCUGCGGAACGACAACAGGAGGGCAUUCUUCAUCAUACCGGUGCGGACCACGACCACGUCCUUGGUACUACCGAGCAGUCCCUCGACCUACUCCGAACCGGGCCGGCGGAAAGUGCGGUGCGCACGUCGGGUGCGAGUCUGAAGAGCAUCAAGAGCGUGAACAAGAGCCGGACCAACGCGAGCCUUGUCUCUGGCGGGAGCGCAGGGGCGGCCCGCUCGGGUCCCACACUGCACGCAGAAACCGUGGGCCCGGUGCUGCCACCCUGCACGUUCGAGACCGCAGAGAUGGCCUUGCUUUCCCUGGGCCUCUCCGCAAACUACGCAAAGGCGCUGGCAUCGGCGGUCGCAAGGGUGGACGUCGGCGACGGCCUGACGACGCAAGAACUCCCACUGUCUGAUGGCCCAUCAAUCGAUAGGAGUGCUGCUGCGCCACUGCGCUUCAGUCUCACGAGGGGGUUUGUCGGCGCGAACAAAAGCAAAUCCACCGGUGGACCAGUGGAAGGGCACACAGAUGAUGAUGAUUCUCAGCUACAAGCCGAGCCGACGACCGCGGAUUUGCAGAUUUUGGAGCAGCUGCGAACGUACGGCGACGUGGACUCCGUUGAAAAGUUGCAGCUUUUGUUCGAGCAGAAGUUCAAAGAAAAGUUCGGACACGACGAAAACGGAAAUUGGAAGUUAGACAUUGAACCGGCCCAUGAUAAUCUUCCCGGUAAGGAAGUCCUCUUCACGGCCGACGACUACGAGUCUGCCCUGCGGGAAGCCGGGUUUUCUCCGGCGGUUGCUAAAAAGCUCGCCCUCUCUGAUGUGCUACAAGAAACCUCCACAUUAGAUGCGGGAGAAGAACACGUGGUAGAACAACAAAAAGCGGACCAACAAGACAAAGAUAAAGCUGUUGCUAUCUCGUCCACCGACCAAGAACAAGCGAAGGUUCUUGACCUUUCGGACACCGCCAUGACGGAGACUGAUUUGACUCUUCUGCAGAAAUUUGGGGUGCUCACGGUCGACGACCCGACCUUCGGGGAGGCGGAGCACGUGCGGGAUUUGCAGACCCACGCUACGCUGGCGGAAUGGACGAAGCGACGAGUUGCGGAGAAGAAGUACGUGACCUCCGGCGACGUGCACAGGUUGAACACCCAGCUGCUGGUAUCGCAGGGAAAAAUCCCCCCUCUCCAUAUCGAAAAGGUACGUCGCAGAAAAUUUGCAAUGCUAAUUUGCGACCACAAGUCAUCUCUGUCCUGCAAGAAGGCAACUCCACAGGCUCCGCCGCAUUAUGCAGGCGGUUUGUGAUGCUGUUUGGCCUACAGCGCAGACGUUUCCCAUGCUAAGCGCCUACGCCAAAACCUCGCUCCUCAAGCUUGCAGUGGGCCUGCAGUCCUCUUCAGCAAGACAAAUCUGAUUUGUGUACGCAAAUCCAGCAUCACGGACUGCGUUUCGAUAUGGGGAGGGGGGUUUUUUCAUUUUGAUAGCUGGAUCUGUCAACCACGUGCGCGGACCUGGAGUUGGGGCAGUCGGAGCGUUUCUUCGUGCUCCAGGGCCUCACCCCCGUGUUUGCGAAAAAAGUCGCCAAAGCGGUGCUGCACGAGGAACCGCGCCAGGUGUCCGAGGUGCUGGCCGAGGCGGGCGACGAGGACCGGGAGAAAAUGGAUCGGAUCUUCCUGCAGAAUAAAGAGACAAGGCUUGGAAUGGAUGCUGGUGCCGACGACAAAGAGUUUGAGGCCGCAGCAUUGGGUUUCAUGGCGGGGGGCGGUGAUGAGGCUGACAGCAGGCGUAGAAGUAGCACUAGCGGAAGUGCAGUUGUUGUACCAAUGCCUUCUAUAAAGAACGCGGCAGCGGCAGGAGGAGACCAUCAACCACGGAUGUCAGCGGCGGGUGCGACUACGCCGGCGGAAUCGGUUUCGUCGAAGCCAGUUGUGUCUCACAAUCAGUUGAAGAAUUUGCUGAAAACUGAGGUAAAAACAUUCGCGAAGAAAAGAACGCGCGAGCAGCAGGUGGCGCGUCUGAAAGGAUUGGUUCAGGAAGAGCGGCAGCGGGAAAGCCAGGAACCCAGUUUUCUCCAGCAAUGCUUUUGCUGCUGUUUCCUCCAGCGCCAGCAGAUGAACCAAAACGUUGUAAAAGUGCCCAAGAUGAUGAUGACGCCGCGCCCGCCCACAGGCACAAGCCCGCGGCCGACGCACGAGAGUGUAGGCACGGUGACUCCGUUGCACGUCGUGCUGGACGAGAAGGAUAACCGAGCGGAAGCCUCCGGCGGGGGCUCUCUUGCAGGUGACUCGUCGCCUCGAGGCACUGGUCCUGGGGAAAAAGUAAAGCCGACGAAAAAGCCGAAGAGCAAAACUUCAUUGCCAAAGAAGAUCAAGAAAACCACCGGUGGGCCCGAGGAGGUUGUAGAGGACGCCACCACAGAAGAGCUAACUGGUGGUGUCGUUGCUGCUGAAGCAGGUUCGCCAGUGGAACAGGAACGGGAACAGGUCGACAGCAGUGACCGCAAAACAAAAGGAAAGAAAAAGAAAAAAGUAGCUGCAGCCACACCAGCAACGGCGUCUACGACACAGAAGGCGAUAUCAAUGCAGCCCGGGGACGAGGGGCAGGAAUCUACUGCAGUUGUCUCACGACCUAUUGACGAGCUUUCAGAGUCAAACAUGCCGAGCAUGGUGGGCUCGUCUCUGUUUCAGCCGCCGAACAGUUCAAUGACGUCUUUGACAUCCGCGCAGGGCAAUUCGAUGGUACCGAUAUCCGACUUGACAAGCAACGGGUUUCAGCAAUAUAAUUACUCCGGAAUGAUCGGGGACGCCAAGGAAGACAGAAGGAAAAAAAUACGAGAGCAAGCCGCGCAAAAAAUGAAAAAACGCGAUGCGGAUGGGGCGAAAUAAUUCGAAGGCUUCGUGCUCAAUCGAGUUGCCGGCAGGGGAGAACUUUGUUUUUUUUUUGACUCUGCGUUUCUCUUGCGCUUCUUCGGAAUCAGAAGGCUUUCGUUGUGCAUUCUGUUUCUAAAGUAGAUUUAGACUAUUCACUCAACUAGUAUUACUACCAAGCUCUUGCUUCAUCCGUUUCAUCCGUUCAUCUUCAUGUGGAGUUAGAAUUACCUUGCGUAUGAGUAUGAUCGAUCCCAGGGAGGAUGCGAUCCCGAUUCCCCAAUUCCCUAUACAACUUUCCUUGAUGUUGACGGUUCCAACGUCACCGAAACAGAACAUUGCACCUGAAAUCUAAGCAUGCAAAGUCAUUCCUUGUUUCAGUCCCGAAGCACACUAAAAGUGUAGGGUUACUUUUAGCAGGAG